AUGAAACAGAAGCUAAAGAUUUCACUUGUCCGCGAUGGCGAGAAGAUUCGUGCACUCGGCAGACAUGGGAAUGUAAGUACGCACACAAAGACACUGGUCUCUAUGUGGGCAUCGAUGGGAAAGCAUCACUCAGACAUAUUACCUGCUGGUAUUGGAAGUUUAAAGGGGGUUGCAGAUUGCCCAGUGCGCGUUGCCUCUACGCCCAUGCAGAGACUGGAGUAG